AUGGGAAAGAUCAUUUUCUAUGAGGACAGGAACUUCCAAGGGCGCUCUUAUGAGUGCAGCAGCGACUGUGCAGAUAUGCACUCCUACUUCAGCCGCUGCAACUCCAUUCGAGUGGACAGCGGCUACUGGGUGGUCUAUGAAAAACCCAGCUACAUGGGCUACCAGUACAUCUUAAACCGUGGUGAAUAUCCUGACUAUCAGCGCUGGAUGGGCUUUAAUGACUGCAUUGGUUCCUGUCGUUUGAUUCCCCCCUACCGUGGUAGCUACAGAGUGAGAGUCUACGAGAGACCUGACUUUGGAGGCCAGAUGAUGGAAUUCACAGAUGACUGCCCCAACGUUUAUGACCGCUUCCGUUAUCGUGACAUAUUCUCCUGCAAUGUGAUGGAGGGCUACUGGAUCUUCUAUGAACAUCCCAACUACAGGGGAAGGCAGUACUUCCUGAGACCUGGCGAAUACAGGCGAUUCAGUGAUUGGGGAGCCUUGAAUUCUGCUAUUGGCUCUUUCCGUCGCAUUAUGGAUUUUUAUUAA